AUGAAAUUACGUCGACAAUUAUUACAUAAUUCAAAUAAUUAUGAUAUACAAGAUGAAGAUAGUUUACAUUCUGUACCUAUUAAAGAAAUGUCGAAUUAUGAUGAAUAUCCUCGUACACAUGGACAAGCACCACCACUAAGAGAAAUUGAUGCUCAACCUGUUAGACAACAUGUUUUUGGAAAUCCAUUUAAAGUUAACAAACCUAUCGAUGAAAUCGAUGAGUUAGUUGGAGCAGCUGCUGUUCCUCAACAACAACAAUUACCUUCAAGGAAACGAGCACAAUCUGAACAAAGUCUUACACUAGCUAGUGGUUCAUUAAAAAAGAAACGAACACCUUUAGUUCUUAAAAAUUAUGUGUAUCGUAGACAUCUAUCCAUAAGCGGUAGUAGUGGUCCAUCUAGUCCUGCAACUUCUAUAUCAAGUACUGAUGAUGAAUCUGAUAAUGAAUUAAUUAUAACCAGUAAUUCAUUAAAUCGUUUUUCGUUUGAUAUGCGUUCUGUAUUGGAUGAUGAUCAUCGUCGUCUAUUAAAAAAAUAUCGUGAAACAAAAAAGAAAAUUAAAUUAUUAUUUCGUCAACAAGCUGAUCAACAAAUUUUAACCCUGUUGGAUACAUUGAUUUGCUCAAAUGAAUAUAAAUUAACUUUAAUAAAUGAAUUAAUAUAUGAAUGUCAAAGAUUAUAUCCAUCAUUUGAGUCUCGUCUUAAUCAAUAUAAAAUGAAUAUUGUUAAUGAUCUAUCAUCGAAAGAAGAUGAGCUACCAUCAUCAUCUUCACUGAUCUCUAACGAUUAUAUGUGA